UCCCUCUCCAAGCCAGCGUUACGUAAUUUAUAAAUGACCCGAAAUUAAAAGAAAAUAUGAAAUAGAAAACAAAGUUUGUUGUAUUAGGAAUGGAGAAUCCGUACGAAAAGUUUUACUCCGAGCCGGAAGACGUUCUCGACUGGACUAAAGAGGCUAACGGUGUCAUACAGGAUAUAAUUCGGCAUGUAAAAGAAGCAAAAAUCUCCAAUGUGCUUAUACCCACCGAGUCCGAAGUCUUCAUCAAUCUGCGAACGCUGGAAGAAACUGAGGUUUGUGUUAAAUUGAAUGGGCAAGGUUUGCAGAUUGUGGGUGACCGUUUCGAUUGUGUAAAUUUGGCCGAUAGCAAUGAUCACUACGAGACGCCUUACGCGUUGCUAUCGUCUGUGAGUCCGGCCUAUGUUGAAUCGUUUGGCACUUGCCUGGCCGAUGCAUUAGGUAAACGGAUUCAAGACCAGCUGGUUGGAAGUGAGGCAGGAAUCGAUAACGAGGAUGAUGUCAAAUGCCCAGAUUCAUCCAAAGACGCAGGAUUGUAAUAAUUAUUUUAUUGAUAAACGACCGCUAGUUAUUAAAACCUUUCCAUUAGACCAAGAAUGUUCCAUAUUUAACAAGACAAAGCAUUGAGACCCCGAGAUUCUUCCCAAAAUUACUCAUGGACAAAUCUUUCUCAAUUCUGAUAACGAGCUUUAUUACUUAACACAAUUAAGCUUGCAGUCUCAAUAUGUUAAGUACUUCAAAUGAACUUCCUCAGUUUUUAAUUGAGAGAUUUCAAUGCCAUUCAAAUGCGUUGUUGGCAAGCUAAUUCUAGUUUAUUAGAUUAAUGUGGAAAAAUGAUAUCCUAAAAAAUGGACACAAUAAACCUGAGAAUUAUAAGAAA